AAGGUCGAACAGUACUAAAAUUGGAGAACAAAGUUCAGUCAGUUGUUGGAGCAAACUUCUCAUUUGAGAGACAAGGCUGAUAAAUUAAUUAAAAGAGAGAUAUGAAGACAAAGACAAUAUAUGAGAACUAGAAAGAGAUAUGAGUAAACGAAAGAGAGGCAGAGAGAGGGAGAGAGAGAGAGAUAGAGAUAGAUAGGGAUAGAUAGAUAGAGGGAGGAAGAGAGAUAGAGAGAGAGAGAAAGAAUCGAGACGAGGAGAAAAGGAGUACAUAUUUAUAUCAUUUUUUGUUAUUCAUUUAGGAAAUAACAGUGGAAGCUUUUUCCGUAAAUUAAAUCAAGAUGAAAUUCCAGUCUUUUAUUUUUAUCGCGUGUCUUUGUCUACAUAACUUCAAAAAUGCAUAUUCAAAGGAGGUUUGUGAGAAACCUAUUUCUCCGGAAGGAGAAGUUGGUCCAUUUAUUAAUAUACCAAACCAAUUUUAUUUCAACUUAGAAGCAACUUUCGAGGACAAAAAAGAGGUUACAUCAUUUGUGGAAUAUUAUGACCAUCCGGGUUUGCGUGGCUUGAUUACUCAAAAGGAAAACGGUGACCAAGAAAGCAUCUAUUACAGUUUUCAGACUAAUGAGGUUUUCACAGUGAAAGAUUCCUUCUGUACUGUUUCGGAUCUCGGCACGGAUCAAAAUACAUUGAUCAUUGGACAGCCAGGAAACGGCAGCGCUGUUAUGUUUUCUCCUGCGAGGAUGCUUUUUCUCGAAGAUCGUGGCGUUUAUAUGGGAACAGUAACAAUACGUGGUAUUCCAUGCUUCCAUUGGAAGUCAUGUCAGGAAUGGAAAAUGCUUAGUGCCAAGAUGAAUGUUAACUGGUAUUUUGCAGUUGACAACUACUGGUCGACAGCUCAAUCGUCUAAUUACCAUAUACCAGUCCGGUGUGAUGUAGAUGGAAUCGCAAAGUUUACUCCUUUCCAUCAUAUUUAUGAUUUCUUCCACUUCCGCUCUGGUCUUCCAGAUGACCCCACCAUCUUUGAAACUCCAGAUGGUAUUUAUUGUCCAAAUCGUAAGAUAACAAAAGAGUUACCAAGUAUAAGUCUUACAAUGUCGUUUUACACAGAAAUUGUCACAAGGAGUUUUCCAGUCGUUGCAACAAUAAAGGAAGAAUAUGAUCAUCUGGCCUUACUGAGUAAGUUCACCUACACAUCUUUGCCUCUCUACCAGAAAUUCUUUGAGAACGAAGUUGUCGAAAUUCACGACUUCUCAACAGGAGUUGCUUAUGUAACGGACACAGUGACGGGAAAAUGCAAAGUACGGCCAAUACCACACUCAAAUCUUGAUUCAACAGAAUUAAACCCCCACGAAGUCAGAAUGGCAACUGCUCAACAUUUUUUUGAAUUUCCAAAAGAUAAAUAUUCAUAUGAAGGGAUUGGUAAGUCCGUCGAGAGCCAAGUGAUACGUUCAAGCUCCGUCCCAGUUCAAUUCAACGUUCAUCUUCCUGAUGAAAGCUACUACUUCAACGUUUUCGCCUUCUCUGAUAUUCAACCAAGAAUAUAUGCCUAUGAUGUCAGUGCAUGUUACUUGCACAGUGACCGAGAAAAGUUUGCUUUGUCCAUCACAAACUUGAUCAAACUAUAUGUUAAACAGAACACAGAUAGGUUUAAGUUUUUUGUUAUAUCGGCAAUAUCUACGACCAUUGAAAUUCGUCCAUUAAGAAUUCAGAAUUUAAAGGUUAUGUUUGGUGAAAACGAAAUAAUCGUUACCUUCGAAAUAACUGAUGUGGCACCAAUAAUUGGAGAUGUGAAAGAGCAGAAGAAAGAAAAGCCCUUCUCAAAAGCUGUCAACGAACUCAAAGACUUACUAAAAAAGGAAAAAUUUAUUAUUACAAUGUAUUCACAGACAGCAUCAGAAAAGACAGCAAUACGGCCAAAAGAAUUGACAUUCGAUGAAGUAUUAUACAAGACUACAACACAAACAACAUAUACUACAGGUGCUAUGGCUGGUCUUGGCAUUGGAAUGACUCUUCUUGGCCUUGUAAUUGCUCUCGUUUUGGCUAUUAAGGUACUAUAAUGAUUCUCAACGACUGCAUGAAUGAGCAGGUCGACAGACAAACAUACAGACAGAGAUAUCUUGGUUAAUGCAAGAGAGUAAUUUUAUUUCCAUGGACCAUUUUUAUUGAUAUUUAAUUGCUUUUCUCUUUUUGUAUAAAUCCGCAUUAGAAGAAGAUAAAGAAAGAAAAGCUAACAUUCAUUAACUUUAUUUCUAAAUAAAAUAUCGAACAAAACUUAUAUGAACAGUUCAUCAUUAAAUUUGGUAAACUUAGUUUAUUGAUCAUAGCCAUUAAGGCAGCAAGUCGGCGGAAUCGUUAGCAAGCAGGGUAAAAUGCUUAGCGGCAUUUCAUCUGUCUUCAUGUUCUGAGUACAAAUUCCACCGAGGUUGACUUUGCCUUUCAUCUUUUCGGGGUCGAUAAAAUAAGCGUAAGUUGAGCACUGGGGACGAUGUAAUCGACUUGCUCCCUAUCUUAAAAUGACUGACCUUGUGCCAAGAUAUGAAAAUAUUAUUAUUGUUAUAAAAGGCAGCGAGGUAGCAGAGUCGUUAACAUGUCGCAAAAAAUGCUUAGCAGUAUUUCGUCUGUUCAAAUUCCGCCGAAGUUUAUUUGCCAUUCAUCCUUCCCACUGAUUUUAGGCCUUGUGCCUAUAAUAAUAAAAAAAAGGAUUAUUAUUAUUAUUA